AUGGUACUUGAAGAUAGCCAAAAUCCUAGUGAAAAGACAGAAGUACAAAAAAUAAGAUAUGAGAUGCGUAGAGUUUUGACACAAGAUAAUUUUAUUUCUCAAGAUUCAGAAAAUGUAAUAUCUUUUGGAUUUGAUAAUAUUGAUUCUCAUAAAUCUAAUGAAUUAGAUAAUAAUAAUGCUAAACCCCAAAAUAAAGAUAAAGCCAAUAAUAGUUUAAACAAAAAUAAUGAUAGUAAUAAAGAUAUUAAUGAAAAGGAAAAGGAUGUUUAUAGAAUGAAUGAAGAUAAAGAUGAAUAUAAUAGUAGAGAAACAGAAGAUGAUGUUUAUGAAACAGUAGAAGAUAAAUACAAUGAUAAAGAAAUAGAAGAUUAUAGAAUGGUAGAUGAUCAAAUAGAAGAUGCUAAUAAAAUAGCAAAAGAUAAUGAUAUGGUAGAAGAUCAAAUAAAAGAUACUAAUAAAAUAGCAGAAGAUAAUGAUAUAGUAGAUAUUAGUGAAAUAGAAGAAAAUGAAAUAGAGGAUGCUAGUGAAAUAGAAGAGAAUACUA